AUGGGGCGCACCUGCAGUUUGGCGAUACAGCGCAUGGGUCCAUGUGACGUGCCUGCAUCUGGCUUCGUGGCUAUGUGCAUGCACGAGCAGUGUCAUUGCGAAAACCAAACCAUGUGUGGCUGCCCCUCGCUCACCGCCUUCUCACUCGAGUGCAUCAUCGGAGGUGCCACUUUGGCCUCCUGGCGCACGUCGAACCUCUGUGCUCCCCAGGAUUGUCCUGGUGACCUUGUAUACGAGGAGUGUGGCUCCACCUGCCCACAGACCUGUGCCAACCCCUUCCAGCCCAUGUGCCAGGGUUGUGUACCUGGCUGUUUUUGUCCACCUGGCUCUGUGCUAAACGUGAGCAAUGGGACUACCUGCGUGUUGCUGAGCGAGUGCAACUGCACUCUGAAUGGAGACGCGUACAGCCCUGGUGCCAUUUCUCAACAAGGUUGUCGAAGCUGUGUGUGCAAGGCUGGUCAAUGGAGCUGCGAUGCCGUGCCGUGUGCUGAUGGUUGCUCCCUGGAGGGUGGCUCCAACUUCAUCACGUUUGACCACAAGUCUUUCAGCUUCAAUGGAAACUGCUAUUACUACCUUUCCAUGAUAUCCUAUGAAUUCAAAAGCAAUGGUGACAUCCUGUCCUCUAAAAUGAUUGUCCCGCUGCCUUACGAGUCCGGCAAAAUCACCAUUUAUAAGACUUCUUCAAUGUUCCUACAAGUGUUCACGUCAUUUGGCCUGAAAAUGCAGGUGCAGAUCUCUCCCAGCAUGCAAGUGUAUAUCACACUGCCUGAAGCAUUUAGGGGCCAGACAAAAGGGCUGUGUGGAAACUUCAAUGGAGUUGCUACGGAUGACUUCAUGUCCAGCCAGGGGCUGGUGGAAGGCACAGCUGUUGUGUUUGCCAAUUCCUGGAAGGCAAGCUCUGAUUGUGAGGACAUUGAUACAAUGGUUCAAGAUCCAUGCCUACUCAACAUGGCCUUAGAUUCACUGGUGGAGUGUCUACAGAACCAGUUGUUUAGUUACGCCGGUGAUGGCUGUAAACGAACAUGCCGCUCUCUGAGCAACCGAGAUGUGGCAUGCACCGUGACUGAUGUGCCUGUGGAAGAAUGUAAUCCCCCAAUGGUUUAUACCGACUGCAUCAACAGCCACAGUGGUGUUUAUGGGAAGGCUUGUGAGAGAACCUGCGAGUUGCAGGAACCCCCAUGUCACAACGGCAUUACAUAUGCACCUGGGGAUUCGAUCCAAGUUGAUUGCAACAAUUGCAACUGUUCCAAUGGUUUCUGGAACUGCACCAAGAACUAUUGUGCAGCUGUCUGCAAGACAUUUGGAAAUGGCCAUUACACCACAUUUGAUGGAAAGAGUUUCUUGUUUAAUGGAUACUCCUGUGAAUACGUAGUGGCGCAGGACUACUGUGGCACCAGUCCACAAAAUGGAACGUUCCAGAUCACCAUGAAGAACGUACUAUGUCGCAGUACCUUAUCCACUUGCUCCAAAUCCAUAAGAUUCUUCCUGCAGGACCAAGAAAUAAAAUUGGCAGAUGGGACCUAUUCAUUCUCUCCCAGGUCCAGUACCAGGAGUAUUAGCAGCACACACAGAUUUAGGGUGUAUUCUGUUGGGCUGUACCUAAUUGUCGAUGCUUCAAAUGGAAUAAAACUAGUAUGGGACCGCAAGACAACCCUGUUCAUUAAGGUCACUCCAGACAGGAAGGAUGAGCUGUGUGGCCUUUGUGGAAAGUACAACGGAGAUGUGUCUGACGACUUCACCAUGCGGGACCACUCGGUGUCAGCUAAUGCGCUUCAGUUUGGGAACAGCUGGAAGGCUGACGAGACGUGCUCGAAUAUGGUCGAGGAAGUCCCUCCUUGUGUGCUGAACUUUAACCGUAAGGCGUCUGCUGAACAGCAGUGUAGCCUCCUCAGCAGUGGGGUAUUUGCAUCGUGCCACGGAGAGGUGGACUACAUGCCAUACUACGAGGCCUGUGUACGUGACUCGUGUGCAUGCGACACUGGCUUGGAGUGCGAGCUCUUCUGCACGGUAGUGGCUGCCUAUGCAGAGGCAUGCAAUGAGGUUGGCCUGUGCAUCUAUUGGAGGACCCCAGACUUGUGCCCUAUUUUCUGUGACUUCUAUAAUGACCCCAACACAUGCACCUGGCACUACCAUCCAUGUGGGACUGUCAACACCAAAACUUGUGGCGAUCCAGAAGGCAUCAACCUGGGUGACUUCCCAAGGCUUGAAGGCUGCUACCCUAAAUGUUCAAAUGCUACAUACCUGGAUGAACGCACCUUGCACUGCGUGUCAAGGGAGAACUGCAGCUGUGAGCUAAAUGACACGAUAGUCCUUCCUGGUGAUACUUUCGUGAGCAGGGACACGUGCCAGAUAUGGUAA